UGUGGGGGGCAGUUUGAAGCUUUAACUGGGGGUUUUUAGUCGCUGUGCUAGUUUGUGGUUAUCAUGUUUUGUCCGUUAUUCACCGGGAACUAGCCGUUAAUCUCCAGCCAUGUUCUGCUUCUGCGACAUCGGGCGGAGGUGACGAGAACCAGCCGCCUUCCAGGUGCCCACGAGCCAGGCAGCAGCAGCAGCAGCAGCAGCAGCGGGUGGCAGCAGACCCCGGAACUCGCAGCGGCAGGAGCUAACGUUAGCUAGCUUUUUGUUGACAGGCUUCCUGCUGUCAAACCAGAAACUCGCCCCGUUGACAGAGUUUGUUUCCCGCUUUUCUCUCUACGACGUCUCGCCGCCGCUGGAGUUUCAACUAGUUGCCGUCACUUUCCACCCACUUGUGGAGCCGGAAGAUGGCAUCGAGGGGAGGCUUCCCUGGUCCCCCGAUGAAUCCGAGUGCGAACCCCAUGAGCGUCGGGCACCCAGCGGGCAUGAGGAUGACAGGAAUGCAGCAAGCUCCGGCGGGAUUCCCCCGGAGCAUGAGCAACUCUGCCCACUACCUCCAGCGCCCAGGGAUGCCACCCGGCAGGAUCGGGGGCCCCAUGGGGUCAAUGGGGAGCCAGCUGCCUGGUCCCUCUUAUGGGAACAUGCCCAUGCGGCCAGGCAUGGGGCCUCCGAGCAUGGACGCCUCGAGGAAGCGGUUCCUUCAUCAGCAUCAACAACACCAGCAAGAGGCGCUGGGAGGAGGCCACAGACGAGGAGCAAAAAGACGCAAAAUGGCAGAUAAGGUUCUCCCGCAAAGGAUUAGAGACCUGGUCCCUGAAUCCCAGGCCUACAUGGACCUCUUGGCCUUUGAGAGGAAACUGGAUCAGACCAUUGCCCGGAAGCGCAUGGAGAUUCAGGAAGCCAUCAAGAAGCCUAUAAUGCAAAAACGCAAACUCAGGAUCUACAUUUCCAACACAUACACACCCAGCAAGCCUGAGGGUGAGGAGGCAGAGAAGGUGUCGUCCUGGGAGCUGCGAGUGGAGGGAAAGCUUCUGGAGGAAACCGGCAAGCAAAAGAGGAAGUUCUCAUCUUUCUUCAAGAGCCUGGUGAUUGAGCUUGAAAAGGAGCUCUAUGGACCUGACAACCACUUAGUAGAGUGGCAUAGAAUGCCCACCACUCAGGAGACAGAUGGUUUCCAGGUUAAAAGACCCGGUGAUGUGAAUGUUAAAUGCACCCUUCUGCUCAUGCUUGACCACCAGCCCCCCCAGUACAAACUGGAUCCACGGCUGGCUCGUCUGCUGGGGGUGCACACGCAGACACGGGCCAGCAUCAUGCAAGCUCUCUGGCUCUAUAUCAAGAACAACAAGCUGCAGGAUGGUCAUGAGAAGGAGUACAUCAACUGCAACCGCUAUUUCAGACAAAUCUUCAGUUGUCCUCGCAUGAGGUUCGCUGAGAUUCCCAUGAAACUGGCGGGCCUGCUGCAGCAUCCUGACCCCAUCAUCAUCAAUCAUGUCAUUAGUGUGGACCCCACAGAUCAGAAGAAGACAGCUUGCUAUGACAUAGAUGUGGAGGUGGACGAUCCACUGAAAGGCCAAAUGAACAGUUUCUUGUCCUCAACAACCAACCAACAGGAAAUUGCUGCUCUGGAGAUGAAGAUCCAUGAGACCAUUGAGUACAUUAACCAGCUGAAGACAGAGAGAGACUUUAUGCUGAGCUUCAGCAAUAAUCCACAGGACUUCAUCCAGGACUGGCUCAAGUCUCAGAGCAGAGAUCUGAAGUUGAUGACGGAUGUGACAGGAAACCCAGAGGAGGAGAGGAAGACUGAGUUCUACCAGGCGCCCUGGGUACCAGAGGCAGUGGGCAGAUACGUUUACUCCAAAGUGCAACAGAGGCGACAAGAGCUGGAGCAGGUGCUGGGGAUCCGACUCACCUAAAUAUUCCACAUUCCAGAGGAGCCACAGCCAACUUGAGUUUACACUUCAAAUGUUAACGUUUUUCUUCCAUUUACAUUGGAAUUAGCUUUGGAAAGACACAAGCUAAUGUUGCAGCUUAAGUGUUCACUACGCCGUCCUGACCGACAUGAAAUGAGAAGUGGGAAUUUAUACAUGUUCCUUUUGUUGUUGCCAUAGAUACUCAUUUAAAAAGAGAGUUUAAGGGACUAAAGAGGUUAUUUCCAUGUCCUUAAUAACACGUUUGCCUUGCAUUGUCUGUGAUAUUGAGCCUUUCAAAUACUCUUUGCCUUGUUUUGCAGUAUAUUUUCUUUAUGGUACAUUAUGCUUAGCACAUUGUAAGCAUUGCUGCUGUUGGCGUGGUUUUCACCGUCACUUUGUCGCUAUUCUGAACGGGGUUCUGUUUACUUUCAUAUUUUAAAGCCAUAACCUUUAGAUAGGAAAAAAAAAACGGAUGUCUGGUAACAUCUCAGUCAAGAAGAAUUUGCAGACAUGUUUGAAUUACUCAUUUUUCAUUAUAAUAUAUCCAUGUAUUCAAAAGUAUAUUUUGAAUGUUUUUGAUUUUAUCCUUUAAAAAAUCCAGCAGUUCAUAAGAUGUCUUGAGCCUUAGAUAAGAAGCUUUUAAAGCCAAUAGUAGUUUUGCAGGUGUUGGUGCUGUUUUAUAUCAGUGGAUGUGUCAUUUGAAAUGCUUUGUAAGAAACAGGGAUUUCCUGGAAAGCUCGACUCUGGGAAAAGAUUGAGCUUCUAAUUUGUACAAAGACACAAAUCGUACUAUGUUGAGCUGUAAUUCAGCAGUUGUUUGUACUUUUUGAAUGUUUACAUGCUGUUUUCAUUUGGUUUUUUUGGGUGGGGGUUGCAUUGUUUUAAUGCCAGGAAGAGGAAUGGUGGAUGGGUGUUUGGGUUUGAAGGGCUCCUCCUUUAACAUCCACCUCCCAGCAAGCUUAACUGGUGUUUGUAGCUUGUCAACUAAACAAUGCAACACAUUAUUGUGUACAGUUCAUUGUUUCAUGUCUUAACUUUUCAUUGAAAUGCUAUUUUCUUAAGGUUUUAUAUGAAAAUAUUGCCAGCGCUUCUCUUGAAACAUUCCAUGUUAGCAGAUACCACUGUGCCUGUUUUGUGACUAAGGCACUUUUGAGAAAUUUGUGUACAAUGUGUUUUUUUGUACAACCUCUCUGUUUAAUGUUUGCAUGUUGUGUACCAAUCAAAUGCCUUUAUCUUUUAUACAUUUGGAGUAUUUUAUACAAUAAAUAUACUUGCAAAUUA